AUGCUGCGGCAACAGCUCCUCCGGUCGGUCAGGCUGCCCCAGCGGCUGGCGGCCGCCAAUGCCAGCCGUACCUUCGCCGCCACCUCGCACCGGCCCGCCGACGUCGAGCUCACCAUCGAUGGCAAGAAGGUCUCAGUCGAAGCCGGCUCCUCGCUCAUCCAGGCCUGCGAAAAGGCCGGCUCGACCGUCCCCCGCUACUGCUACCACGAGAAGCUCAUGAUCGCCGGAAACUGCCGUAUGUGCCUUGUCGAAGUCGAGCGCGCCCCUAAGCCCGUCGCCUCGUGCGCCUGGCCCGUCCAGCCCGGCAUGGUCGUCAAGACCGACUCUCCUCUCGUGCACAAGGCCCGUGAGGGUGUCAUGGAGUUCCUGCUCGCCAACCACCCCCUCGACUGCCCCAUCUGCGACCAGGGUGGUGAAUGCGACCUGCAAGACCAGUCGAUGAGAUACGGUGCCGACAGAGGCCGCUUCCACGAGAUUGGCGGCAAGCGUGCGGUGGAGGACAAGAAUAUUGGCCCAUUGGUCAAGACUUCGAUGAACAGGUGUAUCCACUGCACCAGGUGUGUCCGUUUCGCCAAUGACGUCGCCGGCGCCCCCGAGUUUGGUUCCACUGGCCGUGGCAACGACCUGCAGAUUGGUACUUACAUCGAGACCGCCCUCGACUCGGAAAUGUCUGGAAACGUCAUCGACCUUUGCCCCGUUGGUGCCCUGACCUCCAAGCCCUACGCUUUCAAGGCUCGUCCGUGGGAGCUGUACCACGCCGAAUCCAUUGAUGUCCUGGACGGCCUUGGCUCCAACAUCCGCGUCGACUCCAGGGGACUGCAGGUUUUGAGGAUUCUCCCGAGGCUUAACGACGAUGUGAACGAGGAGUGGAUCAACGACAAGUCCCGUUUUGCCUGUGACGCGCUCAGCACCCAGAGAUUGACCAUCCCGCUUAUCCGCCGCGACGACCAGUUCCAGCCGGCUACUUGGGAGCAGGCCCUUGUGGAGAUCGGCAACGCUUACCAGAAGAUUGCGCCGAAGGGCAAUGAAUUCAAGGCUGUGGCUGGUGCACUGGCUGAGACGGAGACUAUGGUGGCAAUGAAGGAUCUGGCCAACAGGCUUGGUUCGGAAAACCUUGCUCUUGACACCAAGAAUGGUAGUGAGCCGGCAGCUCACGGUGUUGAUGUCCGCUCGAACUACAGCUUCAACUCCAAGAUCUACGGUGUGGAGGAGGCUGAUUACAUCCUCCUUGUUGGUACCAACCCCAGGCACGAGGCCGCCGUUUUGAACGCUCGCAUCCGGAAGCACUGGCUGCGCUCCGACCUUGAGAUUGGUCUCGUCGGCGAGGACUUCGAGAGCACCUUCGAGUAUGAGAAGCUUGGCGAUACGGCCUCCGACUUGAAGUCGGCCCUGUCUGGUCCUUUUGGUCAGAAGCUGGCUCAAGCUAAGAAGCCUAUGAUCAUCGUGGGUAGCGGUGCUGUUGAGCACGCUGACGCCAAGUCCAUUCUCGAGACCGUUGGCAGCUUUGUGGAGAAGCACAAGUCCAACUUCCAGACCCCUGAGUGGAACGGUUACAACAUUCUCCAGCGUGAGGCUUCUCGUGCUGGUGCUUACGAGGUCGGCUUCACCGUUCCCUCGCCCGAGGUCGCCAAGACGGAGGCUAAGUUCAUCUGGCUGCUUGGUGCCGAUGAGAUCAACGAGGCGGACAUCCCUAAGGGUGCUUUCGUCGUCUAUCAGGGCCACCACGGUGAUAAGGGUGCCCAGCUUGCUGAUGUCGUGCUCCCUGGUGCUGCCUACACUGAGAGCGCCGGUACCUACGUCAACACCGAGGGUCGUGUCCAGCAGACUCGGGUUGCCACCGCUCUGCUCGGCGCUGCUAGGCACGACUGGAAGAUCAUUCGUGCUGCUAGCGAGUACCUCGGCACCCCUCUUCCCUAUGACGACGUCGAGGCUCUCCGCGACCGUAUGGAGGAGAUCUCGCCCGCGCUCAGGAGAAUCGACGUUGUCGAGAAGACUGCCCUGGCUGAGCUUAGCAAGGUCCAGGUCGUUGACCAGAACAAGGGUGCUAACGCUACGAACGCUCCCCUCAAGAAGCCGAUCGAGAACUUCUACUUCACUGACGCAAUCUCGAGGAAUUCGCCAACCAUGGCUCGCUGCUCGGCAGCCAAGGCCGCUAAGAACCCGAACACCAACUUCCUGGCACCAGGAGAACCCUACCCCCAGGUCGAGUACGGCCCGCCCGGUCAGCAAUCAGCUGCAGCUGCAUGA